CUGAACUUGGAAUGAUAAGCUACAGAUGCGGGGACCCUAGUGACUGAACCCUUGUCGGCUUUAGCGCACGUUGCGCUGCAACUGCCUGAAGUGACACCUCGGGUGCCCCAAGCUCCCUGUCACCGUCCGCUUCUUGUUCCACCUUGGACAGGAUCCGUCCGGGUUCCGACCGCCAAUUUGAUUGUCAACACUCAUCUCGAUAACCUACAAUCUCCCAAUCCAACCCUCAUCAACCGUCACUUGACAAUCGAUUCCAGCGAUCCGCAUCCGCAACGAGACUCGGGUAGGCCGAGACCCCCGUGCCGUCUUUCUCAUCGUCAAGGUUUCGGUAGAGCCUGGGCAGCGGCACCCCGUAUCGCGCAUUGGACCCCUAAGAGACCCCCGAGAACUGUUUCCACGCCUUGCCGGAGCUUUCCCCCACGAUCCCGCCAUGGAGUCGCUUCCCCGCGAGCUGAUAGAUGCUAUUCUCCGGCAGUGCGUCGCUUUAUCACCGCGAAAUCAUAUUUUGGAUCUGCGUCUCGUAUGUAGGGCCUUCGACCGCUUCCUCAAGCCCUUUGCGUUGAGGACAAUCGCCCUCGAAUUCAGCCGUCUCAGCAAAAACAGCCGGCGGCGGCAGCCGAAUUUCGAUUCUCUUCAGACAAUUGGAUACCACUGCAAGUCAAUGUACAUUGACUUGAUGGUGUUGCGCGAUGAGUUGGAAGUAGAGUUCCUGUCAACCAUCUUCGAUCGAAUACCCUCUAUGAAGCACUUCGUCCAGACAUUGCAACGCCAGUACUGCAUGUCGCCUGCUUCCUUCACGACACUGGACUACCGUCAUACCCUCGAAUUAAUACUGUUCAACUGCCAAUUUGUUUCCUCGUUACGUCUGAACCUCCCCUUCCAGCUUGUCGGCCACCGCUGUAAUGCUGCAACAAUGAUCCUCGCGAAUACCUUCUCUGCCUUCUCCCGCCGCCCGGAGGACUCUCUUUCACUCAAAACUCUUGUGCUGGAGAACGUGUCUGACCAAGCUAUUGUCGACCUAUGGACCAACCCGUCCGAUGUUCUUGCCAUUAUGCGCGCCAUCCUCCAACUCGAGCACCUAGUAAUAUCCUUCCGUCGUCACGAAGUCGAUCCUCCACGCGUGGCCUUCUACGGUACUUGCCUAUGGGAUCUUAUCCACAACGCCGAAGUUCUACAGACCCUUUGUCUAUCCGGUACCGACGACGACCGUCCACCUAGGGGCCUCAAGCAAACAAAGGCCUGGAACAUGACGAUAGACGAGUGGAGGGCCCGCGCGCUUCCCUCUCCACCGAUCACGCUUCCAUGUCUGACGGCCCUCGAACUGAAGCGUGUUGAAAUUACACCAGAUGUCCUUCGAUGCGCCGCACGCAACUUCGGCCAGACCCUACGCGAGCUGUACCUCAAUGAAGUCUACCUGAAGGCGGAACAGGGGCAUAACCUCAACGAAGACUCAAAGGAAAUCCUGUGGAUCGGACUCCCAAACCAGAGGCCCGGUCUCCACGAUGACUGGAUGGCCAUGAUCAUCCGGGAGUCGUGUCCGAAACUCCAGACGUGCCGUGCUUCAUUCCUCGGCUACGACCUCUACACCCGUGACGAUCUACCGCCGUCACCCGCGCCCUCAUCCCCCGAUUUCGACUUCAUUGACCCCUGCGGGCUCGGCCGCUCCAUCGCGCAGCGCUUCGUCGAAGUAGCACUGGGCUACUACCAGCCGCCGCAGUCGGACGGCUCACCCGUGUCCUACCUGCCGGCUCUGGCCUCCAACGACUACCUCCUCACUCAGAUGCGGCCUAGAACGCGCGCGUUGCGGGUCACAGAGUACGACGUUAAUGCCUACCAGACGGCGGUGCGGAACUCCACGAGCGGUUGGCAACGCAGCAUCGACGGCGUUUUCCCCAACUGCAACAGCGGCACCCUCGAAGAACUUCACUACAUUGCCGAGACUGCUUGUCAGGGCAUGAAUGAGAUUCAGCGGCAGCGCAAUGAGCAUGCCGGCCAAGGAGAAGGGGGCGAAGGCGGAGGCGGUGAUGGCGAGAAUGGCGGUGGCGGCGGUGGUGGAGGAAACCUGGCAGAGAAUCUUCUGAAUCUGAACUUUGCAGAGGAGUGAGGGGGUUUCCACGAGACGCUGAAGAUAGGUUGGGCUACUGAGUAGCGUUGUACGACUUUUGUCAACAUCACACGGACUUUUUGGGACGUUUACAGAGACAUGGAGGGAUUGGUCACGGUCAAGCGUUUGAACGACACGAAAUUUUGCUUCCUAAUAGCUUGCGGUCCAAUGUUUUCUCUGGUAGAGUGUAUGCUACCAUUCUUCUUCUUCAUUAUACCCCUCCAGCCCUGUUCUAGAAAAUUUCAAUUGCUUACUAUGCCUAAUGCUCCCUUUUUUUGAAACCCUCCUUUAUAUAUGAUGAUGAUAUUUUGAUCAUGAUGCUAGCGGUAGUCGAUGGACUUUUUCCGUCUCUAGCUCGUAAGAUAAAUUCCCAAAUCGAAUGCAGCCACCCUCCCUUUGAAAAAAACCAGGCGAACUGGAUUCUAGAUUCCUUUCGUAGAAUCAAGUUCCAUCCAAAACUGUCAUGAAAUGCGCCUCACUCUCUCUUUCUCUCUACUCUCUCUAGUCUAGUGACCGUUGACGCCGUUGGAGCCGUUCUUCGGCUCGGCAACGGCCUUGUCGAGGGCCUGCAGUACAUCGCGGCGCAGGUCCUCGGCGUCCUCGACACCGCAGCUGAUGCGGACGAGGUCGUCAAAGACGCCGACGGCCUCGCGCUGGUCCUUGGGGAUGCCGGCGUGGGUCAUGCUGCUGGGCACCUCGACGAGGGACUCCACGCCGCCGAGGGACUCGGCGAGGGUGAAGAUGCGGGUGAGCUGGCAGAAGCGCUCGGCGGCGGCGUGGCCGCCCUUGAUGCGGAAGGAGAGCAUGCCGCCGCCCAUGCCGUUGCGGUGCUGCUUCUUGGCGAUGGCGCGGUGCGGGUGGGAGUCGAGGCCGGGGUAGUUCACGGCGAUGACGUUGUCCGAGGCCUCGAGGGCGGUGGCGACGGCGGUGGCGUUGGUGGAGGCCUCGCGGGCGCGGAGGUGGAGGGUCUUGAGGCCGCGGUGGGCGAGCCAGCAGUCAAAGGCGGAGGGGACGGCGCCGAUUGCGUUUUGGAGGAAGCCGAGGCGCUGCUUGAGGUCGGGCGAGUUGAAGGCGGCGACGCCCAUGACGACGUCCGAGUGGCCGUUGAUGUACUUUGUGACGGAGUGGACGACGAUGUCGGCGCCGAGGUCGAGGGGGUUCUGGACGUAGGGGGAGAGGAAGGUGUUGUCGACGACGACCAUGAUGCCGUGCUGGUGGGCCUGGGUGACGACGGCGCGGACGUCGACGAGGCGGAGGGUCGGGUUGGAGGGGCUCUCGAUCCAGACGAGCUUGGUGGCCGGGGUGAUGUGGGCCGAGAUGUCGACCUCGAUCUCGGGCGUGAAGGUGACCUUGACGCCGUGGGCCUUGGCGACCUGGGUGAAGUAGCGGUGGGUGCCGCCGUAGACGUCCGAGACGGAGAUGACGUGGGAGCCGGCGGCGAGGGACUGGAGGACGACGGCGGUGGUGGCGGAGCCGGAGGAGAAGGCGAGGGCGUAUUUCGCGUGCUCGAGGGCGGCGACGGCCUGCUCAAAGUUGUCGCGGUUGGGGUUGCUGGAGCGCGAGUACUCGUAGACGCCGACGGGCUUGCCGACGCUGGUCUGGGCGAAGGUCGUGGAGAGGGAGAUUGGCUCGAUGACGGCGCCGGUGACGGGGUCGUGGGGGGAGCCGGCGUGGACGGCGAGGGUGCCGAAGUUGUGGACGGGCGAGGGCGCCCGCGGAGGGGUCUCGAUAGGGUGCUCGGCGACGGGGACGGUCAUGGUUGCGAAACUUGCGAUGGAGGGGUUCGUUGUUUUCGUGAUAAGAAGAAGUUUGGCGGGGUAAUAGAUUGCGACUAUCUUCUAAAGGAAGAAGAAAGGAUGAAGAGUCGAGGGUAUCUAGAAAAUGCAGAAAGAAGGAUGAAGAAAAAAAAAAAAAAGUAGGCUCGAGAGAAAAAGAAUUCGGGCUACGUCUCGGGGUUUGUGCGAAAUAAAGUCGACGGUAACCGAGUCGAGUCGCGGGGUCGUUUUUCUUGUAGUUUGUUACGUUAUGAAGAACGAAAAAAAAGUAGCUCGAGUCUCGGUAGGAUGUUUAAGGUGGAAAUUGCCCCGCUACACUCCGGUGACCGAAAAAGAUGACGGUGCUUUGUAUCGGGGAUGCCCCAAGCUCCGAAUUGGCAAGUAGGAAUCAAUCACGCAAUCGCGCGCCUGCUGACCAAGACGGUCUGGUUUUGGUGAGUCAAUGGGCUGAUUUUGGUGGUCGGGGGAGUGGUAGCUGAGGUGUCUAGACGGGCUGAGAGAGACGUUUUCGGUGGUUUGUUGUUUCUGAUUAUCGUCAACCUCUGGUCUUACUCACUUUGCGCCCUUGUCUUGGAGGGGCACGUUGAGGUACGAGGGUUUGUUUGGCGGAGACUGGCGGUCUGCGAGCAGGGAAGAACGAGCUGGUCCAAUGACUCUUAAUUAUUCGCACGGGUUGCAGCUUUGCGUGGAUGGUUGAGAAUGGCGCAAUCCGGAGCUAUGCAAGGCACUGAGCUCUUGUAGGCAGGUGAUGAGGUGCUCGAGGGAUUCCCCGGGGUUUUCGAUCGGAGUGAUCGGAGUGAUCGGGAAGGUCCAAGAUACGUGUGGAGGGGCUACGCAGUAGUGUAGCUGUGUAAGGCAAAGUAAGGUAAGGUAGUGCAAGGUAGUGUAGAGCUCAGAAAUGGGCAGAGGUUCAUAUGAAAUCACAUUUUAUAUCUCGGUUUCCCCCCUGGAUGACGCCUUCGAUUUCAAACAUGUCAAAAGAUUCCCCAAGCACACACCGCCUCGUGCUAGAAGCUGACGCGAUUGAACAGGGCGCGGGCUGAAAGCCUGGGAGCGAGCUGGAGCUGGAAAAUUUGAUGAGCAAACGUGGUUCGAUGAGCUUCCGUCAUCACAAAUCCCAAUGAUGCACAAUGUAGAGUUUGCGCCCUGUCGCUGUCUGUUUUUUUUCUUCUUCCUUUUCGCCUACCAAGGUAAUACCACCUGCCUCGACUGGUAGGUAUGUAUCCGUAAGCUGCCUUUGCUGACAACACCUUAGUAGCACGCACCAUGGCAUGGGCACCUUGAGGCAAGUGUCAACCGUUGCGGCACACAAUUCCGUAACAGGGUCUUUUUUUCGGGGUCUUGGCUCCGCAGGUCCGCAUUGCUGACAUAUCGAAUUCUUGCAUGGGAUUUUUUUUCGUUGUACCUUGAAAGAUAAGGCAAGGUGAGGUGGAAGACGCUGCAGACUGCAUGUGGUAUCAUUGCGCAACAGAGAUUGGCCAACACCCAGGGAGGCAGAAUUUCAAGACCGAACGGGGACCUGAUAGAGCAGAGCGGCCGGGAGAACUGCGGAAAGGUGGGG